AUGCUACGACCGAUUUUGGCCCCUUGCGCUCAGCUCCUCUUCUAUUCCUUGCACUCCAGGCAUGCUCGAGUGUUCAAGCGAGUGCAAAGUAUGCAAGACUCGCUUCUUCGAUUAUCUCAUGUCCUCACAAUCCCCUUCGUUUCACAGGACUGGAUGACGUCGACCUCGCAAGGCCUUGGAUGCUGUUCCUCUGGAAUUUCGAACGCCAAAGUCUCACAGUCUUCAACUGCGCUCAUAUCAGUCCUAAAAAGCUUCUCAUUAACAGCAAGCAAUUGUGGUGUAAACCUCGCAACCCCAUGUACACAGGAGCCUUCGAUCGACGUCUUAGUCUACAUCCCAAACCUCGCUUACGGCUGGUACUUGAGCAACUCCUUUACAGCCGAUCAAAGCCUGUUGCAGGAAAUCAACUAUGCUUUCGGUUAUAAUUUGGGACAGGUCGUGAAGUACAACUAUGGAAGCGAUCAGUCAGGGCUGACUUUAGAUUUGGGCUUCAAGCCGUUCGGGUCACAGCAGGCAGAUAUCGCGAUAGGUAACAUCCAGACACUUCGAUCCAAAAACUACACGUUGUCGACGACGUCUGCAUUCCUUCCUACCGUGGCCAAGAUCGACCCUUCGAAACCCAUCUCUUUCACGGUAAAAGCCAUCAAUUAUCCGACAUCAUCUGGAGCAGCCGCUGGACCUCAGACUUACUCGCUUGUGUCGUUUCUUCUCAUCAACAUCGCGGUGAAGUCAUGGCACUGA